AUGAAGCUUGCUUACACAUCAUACGUGUAUCUAACACAUGUAGAUGGGGAGGACCAAUGUCGAGAGAAUAACCUCUUCUAUCAUUUUGAAUUGGAUAUUGGCAGGCCAGGGUGCCCGAAGAUCAACGUACGCGUCCCAGGCAGCCAAAUUCUUGCACCGCCGUCCCGCUCCAUUGACUUUCCACCGUAUACGCCUGCGACGGCCAAGCGCGGAUGGUACCGGCUGGUAGAAUCUAUACUUGGCUUCAAGACUGCUGUACACAUCCACAUCCACAUCAGCAGACCUCUCGUCGUCGACUUGCAUCGCGCUACCUUGACCAUCAGACCCCCACUUGACAUCUAUAGCCUUACCCACCGCACCCAUCUCCCCAGCCAAAACGCGUCGAAACUUCGAGUCCCAAGCACCAUGCCACCGCAACGGCCAACGUAUACCAGAGAGCAAAUCACGCAGUAUUUUGAUCGCAUCCAAUUACCCCAACAAGAUCGCAAGUAUGACGUCUCCGCACUGGAACCGGCGGAUGCAUUGACCUACUUGACCACACUGCAGAAAUAUCAGCUAGCAGCGGUGCCGUUUGAGAAUCUAACGCUGCACUACUCGGCCCAUCGUCAUGUCUCCCUGCACCCCGAGGAGCUCUUCAAAAAGAUGGUGACGGACAACAAUGGGCGCGGGGGCUACUGCAUGGAGAACAAUUCGCUGUUUGGCAUUGUGCUGCUCAGCCUCGGCUUCACCGUCUACGCGGCAGGUGGCCAUGUAUGUCAAGGGGAUUUUUGGUUGGGUUUGAGUCACAUGGUCAAUCUGGUCACCAUUGGAAACAGGAAGUACCAGGUCGACGUCGGGGUCGGUCCGUACGGACCCAUUGAGCCCCUGCCGUUGGAGCGCCCUGGUGGUGGCAUCUACAGGCACAUUUCCCCGGCUUCUGUUCGACUUCAAUGGCGCAGUCUGUCGGCGAAUUCGGACCCCGAGCAGCGCUACUGGGUCUAUGAGAUUCGCAACGACGAGCAGAGUGAGUGGGGAGCCUUCAAGUACGCCUUUACCGAAAUGGAGUUUUUCCCGCAGGACUUUGCGAUUAUGAAUGCGUUCCCGAGUACCAGUCCUCGGGCUUGGUUUACCAAGGUUGUUGUGGCGUCCAAGGCCAUCCUGGAUGAGAGGGGAGAGCUGGCGGGGAGAGUGAAUAUCAAUGGAAACAGUCUCAAGAUCAGGAUGGGUGCACAUGUCACAGAGAAGCUCCACUUCGAGACCGAGCAAGACAGAUUGGAUGCUUUGGAAAAGUAUUUUGGCAUCAGAUUUGGGGCAGCGGAGCGAGACGGCAUCCGUCAACUUGUGUCUGAGAUUGUGUAG